AAAGGCUCAAUUGUGGUUGAAUAAUGUCGCUCGUUUUCAAAAGGGCCUUAGCCACUGCUGCUAAAAGCAUACCUAAAGUUCCAGAACCAAAAUUGGUGGAUGUGUUGAUUGUUGGUGGUGGUCCAGCUGGUUUAACACUUUCAGCUGCUCUAAAGAAUUCACCAAUUGCUAGAGACUUGAAAAUCUCAUUGGUCGAAGGUUUCAAUUUGAAGCCUGUUGAAGAAUUUUAUGAUAACACUCCAGAGAAUUUCACAAAUAGAAUAAGUAGUUUGACUCCACAAUCUAUAGAAUACCUCGAGAAGAUUGGUAGUUGGAAAUUUAUCAAACAAGAUAGAGUACAACCAUAUGAUUCCAUUAUGGUUACAGAAGGUAUCACAGAUGCUAGACUUGAGAUUGAUACCCCUUCUUUAGCCACAAUGUGUGAAAAUGUCAAUUUGCAAUCAUCUUUAUAUCAAAGAAUAAAGGAGCUAGAAUCUCAAAACCCAGAUUUUGGGUUUGAUCUUGUUGAUAAUACAAAAGUUGAAAAAAUCACCAAAGAUGAAACAGAUCAAUGGCCUAUUGUGCAUUUAUCAAAUGGUGAACAAAUCAAAACAAGAUUGUUGGUUGGUGCUGAUGGGUUCAAUUCACCAGUCCGUAAAUUUUCAGGAAUUGAAUCAAGAGGUUGGUUUUAUAAUAGAUUUGGAGUGGUUGCAACCAUGAAGUUAGAGUAUCCACCUUUUAAAACAGUUGGAUGGCAAAGAUUCUUACCAACUGGUCCAAUUGCUUUGUUACCAUUACCUGAUGAUCAUGCCACCUUAGUUUGGUCACAAACCAUUGAAAAUUCAGAGCUUUUAACUAAAAUUGAUGAUGAAUUGUUUAGAAAUUUGGUUAAUGCUGCAUUUAUUCUAGAGGAUGUUGAUAUGAAAUAUUAUUACAAGGCUAUCAAAGAAGGCAAAACUGAAGGUCUUAUUGAAGAUAUCCAAUGGAGAGUCAAUCACGCUACUCAAAAAUUCAAUGAAGAACAAUUAGAAGAAAAUUAUCCAUUGAAAGUUGUAUCCAUAGAUUCAGGAUCAAGAGCUAGAUUCCCACUUAGAUUGUCACAUGCUGACACUUAUGUCUCUGAAAGAAUUGCUCUAGUUGGUGAUGCUGCACACACAACACAUCCUUUAGCUGGGCAAGGUUUGAAUAUGGGCCAAGGUGAUGUCCAGUCUUUAGUUGGUGCCAUCGAAAGAGGAUUGAACAGGGGGUUGGAUAUUGGUAAUACUCUAGUAUUGGAACCAUACUGGGCCGAAAGAUUUCCAGAAAACAACUUGUUGUUGGGUGUUGUUGAUAAAUUACACAAGUUGUACUCUACGACAGCAGAACCAAUUGUUGCAUUAAGAACAUUGGGGCUUAAAGCAGUGAAUCAAUUGCAAUUUUUGAAAAAUAUGAUGGUCUCCAAGGUCUCUGGGAAAUAAAGUACGCAUAUAUAUCCAGUAAUUUAUGAAAUAUU